CAAGAGUUUUCUUUAAGCACAAAAACAUGGUUAAAGAGGAUCCUGGCUCAGCUCCGGCGCCAUCCACUGUGGUUUACAUCAACAGUGACACUAUCCAGCCAGAUUAUGUCGCCUGGUCCACAUUCAGCACAAUUUUCCUGAACAGCUGCUGCCUGGGUUUCAUUGCCUAUGUCUACUCUGUGAAGUCCAGGGACAGGAAGAUGGUGGGCGACAUGAAUGGGGCCCAAACCUACGCUUCAACUGCCAAGAAACUGAACAUCAUUGCUGUGGUCAUCUCCGUCGUCUGCUUCAUCAUACUUAUCAUUUUAUACAGUGCAGGGAUAACAAGCCUAUCCUAUAGCCGACAUAAUUAGAACCUACUAGUUAGGUACUAACUAGUUAGUUAACUAAUUAUUAAUUAACUAAACUAGUACCUAAUUUAGUACCUUUAGUACCUAUUAGAUAUAAGAGUAGGACUCCAUGAAGUAUGUGUUCUUGAUAUCAGAGUCAAUGGUCUAAAUUCUCCCAUGCACUGUCUUCGUGAAGAAAGUGUGCAUGUACACCACCCUUCAUAGAUGCCCCUUAUCCUGGUCAGAGGCCUUGACCUGUCAGUUUACCUUCCCACAUCUGUUUGUUCUCAGUGGAUUCAAUAAAGUGCAUGUGGUACCCUU